AAGAAGUUGAGCAAUGGCUGUCAAAAGAGAAUAAGGAGUUGCAGCGGAGAGGUGUCAAAUGAAAAUGGUAAGAAGUCAAUAAUUUGCAUAAUUUAAGAAUCAGAAGAAAGAAAAAUGGAAGUUUGAUUAAGGCAUUUUAUUUUUGAUGAACUUUCUCGCGUAGUACCAGAUGCAUUUCUCUAGAUAAGAUUAGAUUUAACAACAGGUUGACUGGUGCUAAAUAUUCAAAUAUUUCUGCAAAACUGUUUGUCUCUUCCUAAUCUCGUUUUCUACCUAUAUCCUAGUAAUUGAAAAUAAGGCUGUGAUGGAUGAAACCAAAACGAAAAUUCCUAAAUCCAGCACUCCUCUAAAGAAAAAUGACACCACCAUUCAGUAUGGAGGAUUGUCAACUGGUGAUGACGUUCCUCUUCUCACAGACGCUUUUACAACUCAAAGCAGAUUUUCAAAAAUUUAUGAAACUGUUUGCAGUUUGACAAUAGAACCCGUUAUGUUCAGUUUCAUGUUCGCUUUUGUCAUGAACAUGAUCAUUGUAUCCAACAUGAUCAUGGACAAAGGUUGCCUCUAUUACUAUAACUAUUCACGGGAAGUGUGCCAGAACCUAAGCGGCCAUCCUGAUGUAAAAGAAACUGUAGAAAUAUUGGCCAACAAUUAUUCCGUGUAUUGUAGCUUGACGAGUUUUUUAGGUGCUUUGGGAAUGGUAUUCAUAGCACCGUGGAGUGACAAAUACGGAAGAAAGCCUCCUGUCAUUGUGGCAAUGUUUGGUGUGCUUCUGACAGACGUCGGCAUGAUGCUGUGUGCCUACUAUUUCGAUUCGAAACUAGAGUAUUUAGUACUUGCGCGUGUACCGGGAGAACUGUUUGGUGGACUUAUCUGCGUCCUGACGGUUGUCUUCAGCCAUGCCUCAGAAGUGUCCACAGAAAAGAACAGGACAGUGAAGUACACUUGCGUCGAAGUUGCUUUGGGUCUUGGAGUGGCUUCUGGGAUGCUAACGGCGGGAUUGCUCUACAAGUACUAUGGCUAUAUAUACGUGUACAUUACGUCUGCGGCGUUACAUUUUUUCAGUGUUCCGUGGACAAUUUUCUGUGUCAAAGAAACUGUAGGUUUGGAUAGCAAAGCAUCUUGGAAACAGAAGAUGCGAGAUUUUUUCAACUUUGAAAGUCUUAGAAAGAAUAUUUCCGUUGCAUUUAGGAAGAGGGAAGGACACACCCGCGCCCUGCUGUUCCUCAGUUUUGCUUCAAUGUGCUGCUGUAUAUUGACUUACGAAGCCUAUGCAAGCAUUGGGUUUAUUUAUGUUCAUCAAAUUUUCAACUGGGAUCCGAGCAGAUACAGCACCGUCAGCACUACCGCACAGAUAGCUCAGAUGGCUUGUACCCUCGCCCUCGUACCAAUCUUCGUUGGAUUCUUUAAAAUGAGAGACAGCACCCUGGGAAUCAUAGGCACCGUGUCAAUGCUAUUGAAAAAUCUUUUCUAUGCAUUUGCAAAAGAGGGUUAUGUGUUUAUUUACUAUAUAGGAAUAUUAUCUGGUAUCUUCAGUUCUCUAUCCACCUUAGCAAUUCGUUCCUUUAUAUCGAAACUUAUUGAUAAAGAAGAACUUGGUCGUGUGUUUUCAUUUCUGGCAACAUGUGAAGCCAUUGUGCCCACACUUGGGACCAUAGCAGUGACAAAAGUGUUCAAUGCAACUAUUGAGAUUUAUCCCAGUGUCAGCUAUUUGAUGACAGUGGGCAUCCUAGCACUGCCGCUGCUGACUUUCAUAUUGGCAUCCAAGCUUACAUCGUUUUCAUCAAAGCAAGAUACUUUUCAUGCUAGUCCUAUAAACGAAAAAGGUACAAAAUAAUGGAGGAGAAAUUUUUAAAGAGCGUUUGCAACUACUUCAUUUGCAUUUAUAAAUAUGGAUUUCAAAGUUGUGAACUGAAGCUUCGUCAUGUGCAAUGUAGAAUCAGAAGAAAAAAGAAGAUGAUUGUUUCAUAAAUUAUAAAAAUCAUCAAAUAUAAAAUCAAUGUUUAUAAAAUUGCACUAUUAUUUAUGUUACAUUUAUUAGAACUAUAUUUGUAAUUGAAUGACUUUUUAAAAGGCUACUGAUUUCAUAUGUUUUGGAAAUAGAAGAAAAUGCCAUUGAAUUGGUUUAUGUAUGUAAAUACACAUUUUCAUUAUUUUUUAAUUACAUAUUUGUAAUUCGUUCUUUACAACUGGGACGUAUUUAACAUUAUCGAAGUUUUAGUGUUUUUUAUUUUAAUAUUUUGUAUAUUUUAGUAAUGUUUCAUAAGAAAAAUGAUUGAUGGUGGCAAUAAA